AACCAUUUAUUCAUCACGUUGAUAAGCUUAGCACUUCACAGAUGCUAAUACAGGUACUAGGUCAAGAAAUUUCUUGUCGACGCGGCACACAAUAGAAGGUCCAAUGGGAGUCGCCACGUCGCCUGCGUGGGGAUCUUUUUCUAUUUAUUUAUUUUCUUUCUUUAUGAUAACACCUAAAACUAUAGUAGAUUUCGCAGUCAUGGUCGGCCGGCGGUGGCGCUCCUGCCCGAGUGCUAUGUAGCCACUUCCCAAAGUUCACACUAAACAAUCUAACAUAGGAUUGGCAGUCUCACCGGAACGUGUUUCGAAGAAGUCGGGAAUUCGUUGGGAAGUCCAGGUUUCCUGGAUCCCCGUGUAGUUUUGUACGUCAUGAAUAGUGUCAAGAUUAGCUGGGUUGGGCAAACGUUUGCCCUAGCUAAGUGCAGUGACUCUGGAGGGAAGAAGUCCCGUAUUCGCCGUUCAAAGGAGGAGAGGAAGGAGAUGGUUGAAUCUUUCAUAAAGAAGUACCAGAAAGCAAACAAUGGGAAUUUUCCCUCACUUAAUCUCACAAACAAAGAAGUUGGUGGUUCGUUCUACACAGUCCGAGAAAUUGUCCGGGAAAUAAUCCAGGAAAAUAGAGUGUUGGGCCCUGCUAAGUUAACUUUAGAAGAGCAAGACACUGAUCAAGUCUCUGAGCACUAUCCAUUGGGAUCAAUUUCCAUUGAACCUCAACGUCAAUUAUCCAUCUCAUCCUCUGAAUUUGUCACAAGUGAUAACCAAAUUAUCGAUAAAGAACUGGUUUCAUCGUCUGGUGGACAAUCUACUGGUCAUACUGAACAGUCUGAAAAUGGGAAAUAUAUUAAUGGGACGUGGAUGGGAGGAGAAUAUGAAGAAUCUAAUACCGAGAACUCCCUGGUGCAGGGCAGUGCCACAACACAAGUAGAUGGUGAGCCAGUAUUUGUCAAGGUCCAAGUUGAUGAAAAAUUGGACGGAGUUGAAAUUGUUCAAGAAGCACCUAUCCCGACAGUAACUCCGAUUGCAACAGGCAUCAUUGUGGAGUCAAUUCCAUUAAAAUCUGCUGGUAAGCUGACUUAUGAUGCAGAUUGGACAUCAGGAGAAGCCAGUGACAUUCCUGAAACCCUGAAAGUACAGGAACCCAACAAAUUGGAAACAGCAACAGGCAACACUGGUUUGUUGGUUCACAGAAUAGACUCCACAGAGGAAAAUAUUUUUGCUUUAAUGGAUAAAAAAGAAGCUGUAAACAAUUCAGAACCAUUUCAGGAAAAAAUAGUUUGUCCUGAAACCCCCAAAAGCACUGCAAGUACUCUUCUAGAGGGCAUAGGAGUCCCAGUUGAAGUGUCUCAGAUUGGUGUCUUAACCUUGCAGGCCGCUGAUCAAAAGAAGGCAGUUAUUGGAAUUGAGCCUAAACUUGUUCCAGCUGAAAUCCAUUCUCAGAAUGGCACUGCCAGUGGUAGUACCACUGCAUCGGGAGAGUCACUUUCUCAGGAGGCAAUAAGCAAAACCAUGUCUGGUAAUCAACAUGGUCAAAGCACUGGGGAAGGAAGCAAUUCCACUUUAAACAGACUUAACCUUGAAUCAUGGGAAGGAGCAACCAAGAAAUCUGCGAAGGCUGAAACAAAUCCAUUUUGGACAGUGCUUAAAGAAUUUAUCUCGGCCUUUGCGAAGUUUUGGUCUGAGUAAUUUCCCCUCAUUAUAUUUUGAGUGUAAUUUUAAGAGGCAUGUAUGAUGAAUGAAGUUGGCAUGAUUAGAUGCUUGUGAGUUGUGACUGGUGAGUUGUAAUCUAAUUUUGUAGAGCUUUUCAGUCACUGUGUUAAUCUUCGAGAAGAAUUCAAUGCAUAAAUAGUUGGUGUUGGUUGGCUGUAUGUA